AUGAGGAUUUACCAAUGUCAUUUCUGCUCGUCGCCAGUAUACCCGCUUCACGGAAUCACCUUUGUCAGAAACGACGCCAAAGAGUUUAGGUUUUGCCGUUCCAAGUGCCAUAAAGCAUUCAAACAACGCCGUAAUCCCCGUAAGUUGAGAUGGACAAAGGCGUUUAGAAAAGCCGCGGGCAAGGAGCUCGUUGUUGACUCGACUUUGACUUUUGCCUCUAGGCGCAACGUGCCCGUGAGAUACAACAGAGACUUGGUGGCUACGACGUUGAAAGGUAUGAGUAGAAUCGAGGAGAUUAGACAGAGAAGAGAGCGGGCAUUCUACAAGAACAGAAUGAAGGGCAACAAGGAGAGGGAGUUGGCUGCCGAUAGGAAAUUGGUGGCAGAUAAUCCUGAGUUGUUGAGGUUGAGAGAGGUUGAGUUGAGAAGAAAAGCUGAGAAAUUGGCAGCCAAGGAGAAUGCUAUUGAGGAAGACGGAGACGAGGAUGAAGAGGUUGAGGAGGAAGAGGAGGAUGAAGAGAUGGUUAGCGAAGACGAGGAAAUGGAAAGCGAAAGCGAAAGCGAAGGUGAAACUGAGAAAGAGAGUGGCAAGGUGAAACAGAAGGUGUUGUUGAAAAACAAACGGAAAGCCAAAAGAUGA